CUGUGUGUGUUUUUAUCUCUGUGUGUGUGUUUACUGUGUGAGAACUUAAAAAAACCUAGGGUUUCCAUGGCGGCGGAAAGUUACAAACCCCAUGCAGUCGUUAUCCCGUUCCCGGCACAGGGCCACGUAAACCCCAUGCUCAAGCUAUCCAAGCUCCUCCACAGCCGCGGCUUCUUCGUAACCUUCGUCAACACAGAGUACAACCACCGCCGCUUUCUCAAGUACGGCGGCGGCCCGGCCGCUCUGGCCGGAUUGCCGGACUAUCGGUUCGCCACCAUUCCCGACGGACUUCCGCCGCCGUUGGAAUCGGAGGACUCACCCCAGGAUCUCACUUCUCUCUGCGACUCCACCACCAAGAAUUGGUUGGAGCCGUUCUGCAACCUCCUUACGAAGCUCAACAGCUCCGGCGAUGAUGGUGUGCCACCGGUGACCUGCGUCAUCGCCGAUUUGGUACUGAGCUUCGCGGUGAAGGCCGCGCAGGUGUUCGGUCUGCCGGCGGUGGUGUUCUGGACGUCGAGCGCGUGUGCCUUUUUGGGGUACGCGCAGUAUAAGUAUCUUGUGGAGAAAGGUUACACUCCCCUCAAAGAUAAGAAUCAGAUUUCUGAUGGAUAUCUGGAGACAACGUUGGACGAAGUACGAGGAAUGAAACAAAUCCGAUUGAAAGAUUUCCCUUCUUUCAUCCGUACAACAGAUUCUCAAGACAUAAUGCUCAAUUUCAUGUUGCAAGUAACCGACGCCGCACACUCAGCGAAAGCUAUAAUCGUAAACACCUUCGACGCUCUGGAACAAGAAACCCUACACGCGCUCUCCGCCACAUACGCCCCACUUCCCAUCCACACAGUCGGCCCACUACCGAAUCACGGCGCCGCCAGUCUCUGGAAAGAAGACCACAGCUGCAUCAAAUGGCUCGACACGCAACAUCCCGGCUCCGUGCUGUACGUCCACUUUGACAGCCUCGUGGCGGCGACACGUCAGCAGCUGGCGGAGUUCGCAUGGGGCCUCGCGGACAGCCGGAAACCUUUUCUCUGGUGCGACACGGCAGCCGCCGCCGACAGGUCGCUUCUGCCGCCAGGAUUCGAGGCGGAGGUUCAAGGCCGGGGCGUGGUGGAAGGGUGGGCCCCGCAUGAACGGGUGCUGAGGCAUCCCGCCAUUGGAGGGUUCUUAACGGAUUGUUGGCCGUACUCUGCUCUGGAGAGCAUUGGGAACGGUGGGUUGCCGUUGAUUUGCUGGCCUGUCAUCGCCGAGAACCACACAAUCUGUAGGUACAGUUGCGUGGAGUGGGGGAUUGGGUUGGAGAUAGAUAACGAUGUCAAGAGGGCUGACGUGGCGGAGGCGGUGAGGGAGGUGAUGGGCGGUGAUAAGGGGAGGAAGAUGAAGGAGAAAGCGUUGGAAUUGAAGAGAAAAGCAGAGGAGGCAACUGCACCAGGUGGUUCUUCUUACAUGAAUCUGGAUACACUCAUUAAGGAGGUUCUUCUCCAUUGAAUUUCGAGUGUUUUAUAAUAAACAAGUACACGUAUUGUUUAUUACAUAAUAAAACGAACAACGAAUAUAUAGUUGUUAUGAAUAAAUUAUUAUGUCUCAUUAUGAGUGCUUAAGUAAUGAAAUUAAAGUAUUAAUCUUUUUUGUGCCAA